CAAUCACAGCCCAGUAUCCCUGCCGGCCAAUCAGAUCCCUCCUGGGUGAUGUCAUACAGCAGGCUGCUGUUUGGUGCUGAUGCUGCUGAGCUGCAGAUCUUCACUCUGAGCAGAGAGACCGAGCAUCACUGCAGGGAACAGACUCUACCUCACCACAGUGUCUUCGACAGAAAACAGCAGCAGCAGCAGAAUGACUCUAGCAGCAUACCGAGAGAAGAUGCGAGAGCUCCCCCUGGUGUCUCUCUUCUGCUCCUGCAUCCUCCCCCAACCCAGAGACACCACGGCCGACAAGGAAGCAGGCGUGGUGGACCUGAACCUGUGCAACAUCCGGGACAUGGAGGUGAUCGAGCUGAGCAAGCGGACGAGCGGCCAGGCCUUCGAGGUCAUCCUGAAGCCGCCCACCUUCGACGGCGGCCCGGAGCUGAGGGCGACCACGCCGCCUCGCGGGAAACCCUCGCUGGAGGAGAUCCAGAAGAAACUGGACGCUGCUCAGGAGAGGAGGAAGUGUCAUGAGGCGGAACUGCUGAAGCACCUGGCCGAGAGGAGGGAGCACGAGCGCGAAGUCGCUCAGAAAGCUCUGACCAAAGAGCGCCAGGAGCACCGCGCCGACGCCGACAAGGAGCAGCGGCAGAUGCACCUGAACGCCUCACAGGAGCGACUGCAGGAGGAGGACAAGCACAGUGUGGAGGUGUCUUGAUGGCCUGAUCACAACACAAGCUGAACCUUAUUUGGAAGCCAUUUUGGAGGGCUGAUGAGCUGAGGAUUGAUGUGCCGGCACAACCUGGCACUGCUCCGACUGGGAGACUGACAGGACAAAGAGACUCUGAAAAGAGUGAGAAGAAGAAGAAGAAAACGAGGAGGAGGAGGAGGACUGAGGAAGAGUCCGACUGCUCGACCUCCUCCCGUACAACCAGGACUCUUUUUAAACGAGAUAAAACUUGUGAAGGACGCUGCAUAUUCAUCAUUAGAUAGUUCACAGGGGUUUUACUGUGCUUUGUUGCUAUGCCAACAGUGCCAAUGUGUUCAUGUGUGUGAUUGUAAAAGUGUGAAAGGUGGACCAAAACCAUACCUGAAACAGAACCCGGACACGAGUCCAAGGAGUCCAGAAAACAGCCAGCUGGACUGCAGUAGCUGCACCGGGCGUCUUCUACUUCUACGUCAAAAUGAUCCCUCACAGAAAGACACAGGCUGGACCGCCUCUUCCUGCUGAGAGGGUUGAAUGUGUUGGAGUCUCUGCUACCUGGAUGUACAACUGAUCUGAGUUAAACAGCUCUAUCUCCUGGACGGUUUAGAUCAUCACAUUUACUGUAAAACCAUGACAACAAGAAAGACAUCUAGUGGCAGAUGUAGGGAAGUGUAGUGAGUCAAGACCGAGUCCUAACACAGAUCAAGACCAAGCCAAGACCAAUACCAGGAAAGGCAAAAAGGUUAACUGGACUUUGUUGACACCAAAGUCUGUUGUAGGCUAGAUUAGUGUCUGAGACUGAGAGUCCAAGUCUGGAUGAAAACACCCACCAAA